AUGGCAAUGGCUUCCAGUCUGCUUUUGGUUAUAAUGUUUACUUUUCUCUUUCUUUCUUUUUCAUCUCUGUUCACCUUUUUUCCUUCUUUUCAUUCCAUUUCUUGUUUUAGCAUUUAUUUCUUUUCAUAUUGUUCAAUUUCUUCUUUUCACCAUGAUUUUAUUCAUUCAUCACUUAUUUUUUUACAUCACUUUCUGUACUUCUUCCUCAUUUUCUCUUUAUCUUAUCUACCUAUUUCUUUUCUUUAUUUUACAUCUUCAUUUUAUUUGCCCUACUUUUCUUUAAUUUUUUUCAUACUUAUUCUUUUGCAGUUUUUUCUUUCUGAAUUUUUCUUCUUUGCCAUCUUACGUUUUCCUUCACAUUUCCUUUAUUUUUCUUCUUUUAUAUAUCUUUUUUCUUUACAUUAUUACUCUUGCCUGUCUUCUUUUUUUCUACCCUCUUUCAUUCAUCAGUAUAUUUUUUCAUCUACUUCCAAUACAGCAUUUGAUCAUCAUUUUCUUUCCCAUCCUGCUAUACCUCCUCUUCAUCCUCCUCUUCAUCCUCUUCAUCAUUAUCAUCAUUUUCUUUCCCAUCCUGCUAUACCUCCUCUUCAUCCUCCUCUUCAUCCUCUUCAUCAUUAUCAUCAUUUUCUUUCCCAUCCUGCUAUACCUCCUCUUCAUCCUCCUCUUCAUCCUCUUCAUCAUUAUCAUCAUUUUCUUUCCCAUCCUGCUAUACCUCCUCUUCAUCCUCCUCUUAGUGAUCAUCAUUUUCUUUCCCAUCCUGCUAUACCUCCUCUUCUUCCUCCUCUUAGUGAUCAUCAUUUUCUUUCCCAUCCUGCUAUACCUCCUCUUCUUCCUCCUCUUAGUGAUCAUCAUUUUCUUUCCCAUCCUGCUAUACCUCCUCUUCUUCUUCCUCUUAGUGAUCAUCAUUUUCUUUCCCAUCCUGCUAUACCUCCUCUUCAUCCUCCUCUUAGUGAUCAUCAUUUUCUUUCCCAUCCUGCUAUACCUCCUCUUCUUCCUCCUCUUAGUGAUCAUCAUUUUCUUUCCCAUCCUGCUAUACCUCCUCUUCUUCCUCCUCUUAGUGAUCAUCAUUUUCUUUCCCAUCCUGCUAUACCUCCUCUUCCCUCACUUAUUUUAUCUUUUCCAUACUCCUCCUCCUCCCCUCUUUAUCACAUGACCUCUUUCUUCUUUUAA